AUGAGAACAAUCCACAAGUUCGGAAUAGCAAGAGUCAUAUACCUUAUUUUGAUUUGUAGAUACGCUUCUAUUUUGUGCCAAGGGGAUGAUGAAAGUACCGUUGAAAUAGUUCUCUUUAAUAAUGCCACAGAGAAGAUCAAAAGCAAGAGCGAUGUGGAGAAAGAACCUACAGCAGAGAACAAGUCUAAGGAACUUAGAAACAUACUAACGGCAUUGGUAAGCCAUCUUUUGGCUGGAAGCAGACUUAAAAACAACCUUCUCAAGAACUAUGAUGAGGCUAGCCAGCUCAAUAUUACAAAGGGAGACAGCCAGAAGCCUGAUGAUCCUGGGAAGGCUGAAAAGACUAGCAGCCCUCCACCUCAGGAACCAACUAUAGAGAUGCUAGAGAAAAUAAAGAGGAUCCCUGUAGGGUAUAGAACAUUCUGCUCCUUCGUUCAGAACCUAGAUCUUAUCAGGGACAAGCUAAAAAAUAGGCCUGGAAUUAGAAAAAUUCAGAAUAUUUUGGUUUACGAAGAGUAUCACCUUACUGAUUACUGGGGAAGGCUGAAGUUCAAGAAAGAGGGUGACAAGCUUGUGGACGAAACUGGAUACUUUGAAGGAGUCAAGGUCAAUAGCUUCGAGGAUAUGCUAACCCAGGGGAGAAUGACCAGGACAGGAUUUGUCCAGAAAAAGGAAAUAGGGGAGAAUGAGGUAAAUGAGAAUCUAAUAACCAUGAAGCUCCUUCUUAGUGAGAUUGCUAAAGAAAAGAACACCUCAAUUCAUAACGUGGUUAAUGAAGGAUGUAAUAUGUCUAUGGUCGAAGAGCUAGUCUUUUAUGGAAAUAGCCCAUCAGCUCACGAUAAUGAAAUAGUGCAUGUCUGUGUGUGCUCUGACUCAUUCUGCAAAGAACCAUGCAAAGACAUUGUUCCAAUGAAAAUGGAAAACUUAGAGUUUAGAGAUUAG